AUGGACAUCGAGGUCAGUGAGAUCGUUGUCUUUGCUGGGAAGCAGGAGCUGUUGUACAAUGCAACGCUGAGAUUGGCGCAAGGCCACAAGUACGGCCUCAUCGGUCGCAACGGUGUUGGCAAAAGCACGCUGCUGCGGGCCAUGGCGGAGCGCGACGGACGUGUUCCCAUCCCGCAGCACUUCAUGAUCAUGCAUGUCGAGCAGGAAAUCAAGGGUGACGACACUCCAGUUUUGCAGAGCGUGCUGCAGGCUGACCAGGAGCGCGAGUGGCUGCUCAAGGUUGAGCAGGAACUGCUCUCAAAAGAGGACGAUGGGACUGGCCAAGAGCCCAAGGUGGGUGGAGUUGGACUGAUGGAGGUGUAUGAAAGGCUGGAAGAGCUGGGCAAUGAUGACGCGGAGGCCCGGGCAGCGGUGAUCCUGGCCGGCCUGGGCUUCGCGGGUGAGGACCAGCAGCGGCCGACCAAAGAGUUCAGCGGAGGCUGGCGCAUGCGAAUUGCAUUGGCGCAAUCGCUUUUUGUCCAGCCGGACCUCCUCCUUCUCGAUGAGCCCACGAACCACCUGGAUGUCCACGCAGUGACCUGGCUCGAGGAGUUCCUGAAGACAUGGGAGAAGACCGUCAUGGUCGUUUCUCAUGACAGGUGCUUCCUGAACAACACGACUUCCAAUACGAUCUUUUUGCAUCGAAAAAGGCUGUGGUACUAUGGCGGAAAUUACGAGACAUUCCUCCGAGUCCGAGCAGAGCAACGGACGAAUCAGGAGGCCAUUGCUCAGCAGCAACAGAGAAAAGUGUCGCACCUCAAGCAGUUCAUCCAGCGCUUCGGGCAAGGCCACAAAAAGAUGGCCAAGCAGGCCCAAAGCCGCAUGAAGAUGCUGACCAAGCUGCAGGAAGAAGCAGUUGCAGUAGACUUUGAUGAUCCGUACCUACAGCUGGACUUUCCGGCUGCCUCCUCCCUGCCGCCUCCUUGCAUCUCGGUCAUCGAAGCAGCAUUCGGCUACACGCCAGACCGAAUACUUUACGAGGAUCUCGACUUCGGGGUCGACUGCGACUCUCGUGUCGCAAUUGUGGGACCGAAUGGUGCAGGUAAGUCCACCUUCCUGAAGUUGCUGGAUGGUUCGCUGGAGCCAACCCAGGGCUUCGUCAGGAGACACGCGAAGCUCCAGUUGGCAAGGUUCACACAGCAUCAUAUCGAGAUGAUGGAUCCGGAUUCCGAUGCAGUGACUCACAUGCGCAAGCUUGGAGCUGGCGGCAUCAAGGAGGAUGGGACCAGCGAGGUCACCAUCGAGGAGGCGCGGAAGUAUCUGGGCCGUUUUGGCCUGCAUGGAGACCUUGCACUCCAACCGGUGAAGUUCCUCAGCGGCGGCCAAAAGAGCCGUUUGGCGUUCGCGGAGCUCGCCUGGUCGUCUCCUCACAUCAUGCUCCUGGAUGAGCCCACGAACCACCUGGACCUCGAAACAAUCGAGGGCCUGGCCAUGGCACUCAACAAGUUCGAGGGCGGCGUGGUUCUCGUCAGCCACGACGAUCGAUUA